GUCUCCAUUCUAUCUUCUUCGAAGACGAAGCCCGCACACUCCCCAACCGUCCAAUCCCAUUCACACACCGCCUCCCGCCCCCCCUCGCCAUCAUCGCCAUGUCCGUCGCCGUGACGGCCGCCGCCGCCUCCUCCACCUCUUCCUCCUCCUGCUGCGCACUGGGACACCGCCGCCUGCCCCUCCGCCCCGCCGGAUUCACCCCCCCUCCCGCACAGCCUUACGCCUCCCCAGCGGCGCUCCUCUGGCGGCGGCCGCGGCGGGCGGCGGCGGCGCCCACCACCUUCUGCUCCGCGCCGUCGCUCGGCCGCGUCGGAUGGCCGCGCCGGGAGGGGAGCGCGUGGCUGCUCUCCUUCCGCGCGGAAACUGAUGAUUCCCAGUCGGCCGCGGAGGACGCCGGGGACACCUCUCAGGCGGUUUCCGCGCUGCUCCCGCUCGUGGUCGUGGCCACUGCCGUCGCCGCUCUCGGCAACCCCGCCACCUUCUCCUGGGUCUCCAAGGAGUUGUACGCACCUGCGCUCGGAGGCAUCAUGCUGUCCAUUGGCAUCAAACUGUCCUUCGACGACUUCGCGCUGGCCUUCAAGAGACCGGUGCCACUGUCUAUUGGCUAUGCGGCACAGUACAUGCUUAAACCACUUCUGGGCGUGCUGAUUGCCAGGGCGUUCAGGAUGCCGUCGGCCUUCUUUGCAGGUUUCAUGCUUACUUGCUGUGUCUCGGGUGCACAGCUUUCAAGCUAUGCUAGCUUCCUCGGCAAAGGAGAUGUUGCGCUGAGUAUUCUGCUCACGACCUACUCGACGAUAUCUUCGGUGAUUGUGACGCCUAUUCUCACUGGAUUAUUGAUUGGAUCAGUGGUUCCAGUUGAUGGAAUUGCGAUGGCGAAAUCUAUUUUGCAGGUGGUUCUUGUUCCUGUGACACUAGGUCUCCUUCUGAAUACCUAUGCAAAACCAGUGGUUAAUGUCAUACAACCAGUCAUGCCGUUUGUUGCUAUGGUGUGCACAUCACUUUGUAUUGGGAGCCCUCUUGCUAUAAAUAGGAGCAUGCUCCUCUCACCACAAGGAUUCAUGUUACUUCUCCCCAUAGUGAUUUUCCACAUUGCGGCUUUUGUUGUGGGCUACUGGGUUUCCAAAUUGCCUCAGUUCAGGCAAGAAGAGCCAGUUUGUAGGACUAUUUCAGUGUGUACUGGAAUGCAGAGCUCCACCCUAGCCGGACUUCUUGCUACCCAGUUUCUUGGAAUCAGUCAGGCAGUUCCUGCAGCUUGUUCUGUUGUUGUAAUGGCAAUAUUUGGUUUGACUCUUGCAUCAUACUGGGGCACUGGUCUGCGAAUAAGAGAUGUUCCUUCAAGAUUCUUUCCACAAGCUUCCGAGGGUGCAAGCACAUGAGAAGUUAUGUCAUUUAACACUGGAAUUGUUCCAUGGGCUCCCCGGACUACCGUUUUAGAAAAUUCUUGGCCCUUGAGGGCUGCGGUUACAGGGAGGUCCUGCACCUCACCCUGCAUGAGGUAUGCCAUAGCUACAUACAAACUGCGUAUUAUGCAAGAUAAGCAGCGGCAAGAACAAACGUACCACAAGAAACCACCUGGGUCUGCAUAUGAUCGAAGGGUAAUCAGAUCGAAGGCAUGACAUAUACCAUGUACUGCAGGUUUCGUUAGUGCAUCAUUCUUCUUUGUAAAUACUAGGUAGUAGACACGAUUAUGAUUCUUAUGUAUGCUACGGAGUACUAUGCAUAUGCAUGUGCAAUGCCAAUAUUAUUGGCUCCUCAUUGUUGUCAAGAUCAACCUGGCCCAUGAACGCCUGUUUCCCUGAAAAUCAAUCCUUCCAAGUUGCUAAUGCGGUUUAA